GGUUCUGCUGGCCCCUUCUCAUCUUUCAUCGGCUUCCUUCAGCAUAAAACGGGAAAAGCGGCGAGUUCUCGUCACAAAAUCCAUCGGCCGGCCAUCCUGUCAGUCAUCCUGCGCCAUGAUGCUGAAUGCACCGAAUCCCGAGGACGAGGCCUACCUGCCACUCUCCUACGGCACCAUUCGCACGUAGACAUCAACACAGAAGCGGCCCUUAAUGGCUGCAAAUGGCCAUUGCACUGGUCUCUGCUCUCCUGUGUCCUCUGUGUGUGCGAUCCAGGUACAAUCCCAAGGUCGGCCGCCAUCCUUUCUGGCUCACAAACGGCCCGUGACACGGCUGCAGGCAUUGCAUCGGCUCUGUGGGUGGUUUGUUGUGGUUGUGCAGGAGGGCAAGGGGCUGGGGCUGAUUGAGUGCGAUGACGGGAGCGAGCCCCUCUCCUUCAGGGAGGAGCAUUUCCUCCAGCCGGCGGCGUAUGCGCAGUCCGACGAUGGCGACGAAACCACACUUAGAGCUCGGCCCGUCGUGGAGAUCGGCAUGAGGGUGAGACCUUGAGGGAUGUGCGCAUCGCAUCCAGCCGUGCAAAGGAACGGAACGGAAUGGCUCAUCACAUUCGCCCUGUGUGUGUGUGUGCGUGCAGGUAGAGUUUCUGAUAGAGAUGGACACAUGUGGGCGCCGUGUGGCCAAGAGCGUCACCCUCCCCCGGCGCAAGUUGGUCAACAGCACCAUCACACCCGUCGGGCCCGCAGAGGACCACCAGAACCACAGCCAUGGCCACCACACCCAUCGCAAAUGGACCAAGAACUACAACCACGUGCAAGAUCACACCGGCCCGGCCGGCAGCAGCAGCAACGGCGGCAGCAAUGGCAAGGAUGCCCCCAAUGGCAUGGCCAACAACCACAUUAACGGCGGGAGCAAGAUGCAGAUGAUGCACGAAUACGGCGGUGUUGAUGGGGGGCACUCGUACUACCAUGGCCGUGGGGGCGGCCACGGGCGGCGGGGGAGGGGUGCCUAUUGGAAGGGGGGGAGGGGGCGGGGGGUCUUUCGCGAGGUGACGGACAGAGGACGGGAGGCACUCAAGCAGUGAGUGAGUGAGGGGAUAGCUAACUCAGAGAGGGAGGAUGGAGGGUGGGGUGGUUGGUGUACAGCAGAUGGACGGACGCGUACAUGCCCGUGUGCACGGCUGUGUGUGUGUGUCUGUGUGUGUGUGUGUGGCUUUGUUUGUGGGUGGCUCUGAUGUGACCGACAGUAUGGGCGAUGCGCGCAUGUAUGACUGAAUGACGGGACAAGGCUCCGUUGAUGGAUGGAUGGAUGGAUG